AUGAUGUCUGAACCAGGUGAUUGUUGGUUUUUUGUGCGAGACAAGAACUCUGAGGAUGAGACGAGGGUUUACAUGGGCCAUUGUUCUUGGUCUGAGAGGGAUGAGUAUGAAAUUUGGACCCAUAUCAACGGAGUCGACUAUGGGUACGUGGCCGGUGAAUCCAGCGAUGAUAUACCACACACGGAUAUGAAGCAUAUGGUUAAUGCGUGUUUGUCAUGCUCUCGCAUAGGAGAAGAUAUACAGGUUACAAUACAUAAGAAUAAUGAUAAAGUUUGGAUACUAGGGUAUAAAGACGUGAAUAUACCACUAGAGAUGGAACGUCAUAAAUUGGAUUUAGAAGAUUUAUACGAAGCCAGUAUGAGACUUGUAUCUAGCACUAAUGAAAUAUGGGAGAAUCGAUUGAAGAAAGUAACCGAGGAAGCGUUACAAGUAAUAGAGAGAAGUCGCAAUGGGAUAAUCGAUGCUCUAAAUCAGAGAAACCGGAAGAUACGAGAGCUGGAACAAGAAUUGAAGCGAACUCGAUCUCAGGUUAGCGUUCCAUUAGGAUCUCCGCCUCAAUUCGAAUAUAAAUCUCCUGUGAAGAGAGAGUUAUCGGAUCUUGACGAAGAUGAUAAGGAGCCAGAGGAGCCAUUGGUACCGACUCAAUCGUACCCGUUCAUGGGAAUAAACCGGUCAAGGACUAGCUUGAGUUCAUCGCCAGAGAAACGCACGCAGACAGUAGAAUCGAGUCCAAUACCAAUAACUGCAACCAGUGAUGCCGUACCAGAUGAAGGAAACACAUCUGAAGAGGACACUGAUUUGACAGACACAGGAAUGUGA